UCCCAAGGAUUCUCAGAAGGAUAAUCGUCUGAGUGCUUGUGGUGGAUCGACGAGAAAAACGGCAUCUUCUAUCUGAGAGUGCGUGCGAUCUAAGACAUCGAAUUAUUCAAGAAUGCCAUAAAAACUUGCAAACUUUUUAAAUAAAAAUACGAUCAUAGACGACAUUUCCUGCUGUUUCGUUUUUUGGGAAGGUGUCGGUGGUGGGCGCUGAGGGGUGGUGAAGGACAACUUAGUGACAUAUGUUUAUAUUUCAUCAUAUUCCCUUGUUAUUUAAAUAUAUCCCCUCCUUCACUAGAAAGUAGCAACCAAUGCCCUAUUCUCCAUGGUCGUAUGCUUAAGGCUGGGUGUGUUGUCAGUGAUCAUUAAUCCGAAACGAUACAUUCAUUUUGACCCUGAUCUGAAAUGAGGGUUGCAAACAGGACUUUUUUGUUUUCCGCUUUUGUCCCAGGUUUCCGAGAAUAAACCUGACUUCAUCGGGGGUUACCCCUAGUUUGCCCUGACAAAUCCAGUUGGAGACAGUUACAGGAUCUCACAGUCCUGAUCGAUAAUGGCAUCCAUUGUUGCUGAUACCCUGAGGUUGACUUUUACACUUUUGCUCAACAAGAUCCGAGGAAAAGGGGCAGAGAAUCUUAAACACGGAGAUGUUAGCGACGAACGAUUCAGGGACUUUAUUGUUCGAGAACUCACAGACAUCCGCGAAAAGCUUGAAGGAUUGUGCAAGCUUGAUCUUAUUGCCUCCGCCAAUUUCUUCAAAGACGGUGUCAGUUUAAUGUACCAUAGCUUCGCCAAGUCUGGUAAGUGCAGUCCAAGCAUUCAAACAGAAGUUUAUAAAGAAGAUUUUGACAACGUAAGCCUUGUGAACACUGAUGCAACAAACAUCGAAUUAGAUGAGUGGGAAGUUCUACAUUUGAUGUCGGAUGGGUUGCAAUUUGACAAAAUUGACUGCCAAGACAAGUUCUUUCUGGAGGCAAAGGAAUUUCUCAAGAAGGCAGCCGAAAGCGCAACUAAAGCUUUUAGUAACGAAGCUUUGGAUAUCUAUGAUCGAGUUUUGGCAAUGAAGUUUAGAGUUGCUGCCACAAUGCUUCAAUUUAUCGGCGAACCGGAAGUGGCUUUAGUGUUGUGCAAGAACUAUCUCGAACAGCUCAAUGGUUUACCGGAAGUUCGCGAAGCAUUUUCCGUGCGAUUUGGGCGCUUCAAUAUGAGACGGAUGUUUUGUGAAAUGCGAAGAGAAGCUUUGAUCAGCGCAGUAGUCUCGAUAAAUCGUAUUAUGUGGGAGUAUUUACAUCUUUCAUCGAAGGGCGAUGACUUCUUGCGACACUGGCCGCAAAUUCCCGUGGAUUUCUCGCACAAAAUUCAUCCCGUCCAGAGCGGAGAAGUUUGUCGCGGCUAUUUCUGGGCAUUUGGCGAGUUCGGAGGGGGCGUGGCACAACUAAAUGGUCCAGUGGAUGUUGCUACGAACAGCAAAGGUUAUUUUAUAGUCGCCGAUCGUUAUAACUUCCAGAUGAAAGUGUUCUCAAAAGAUGGAAAUCUAAGCCAAAGGGUGUGCGAGCAGACAUUUUUGCAAACUUUUAACGAAGACACAAUUGUGACGAACCUACUCCACCCUCAAAGUGUUGAUGUGGAUAAGACCGACCGAGUUUAUCUCUGCAGUAGCUAUAAAUCGCCACUGAACGGUCAGUUUCUGAACGAAGUCAUUGCUUUAGACAAAGAAGGAGAGUUUCGUUGGAGCUUCGGAAGGGGCCAGGCCAACUUCAACCAAGGAAAGCUGUUGAGCAUUGCCCUGGAUAAAAACAGAGGGAGGGUGUUUGCUCUGUGUGAAAAGACGGUCUUCGUUCUCAACACGGACGGAAUAUUCUUAUCGUGUUUUACCUUGACCGGGGAAUUCAUCCAAACGCAGGGUUCUCACCUUUGCGUGACAAACAGCGGUAACUUACUCAUAACGGCUUCCAAUACGGUGUUCUUUGUUUCCAAACGAGCUGCUAACGACACAAGUUUCAAGUCACGCACGGUCCACCCCACCCGGUUUAUCAAACCACACAGGAAAAUUCCCAGCACCUUAAAUCCAUCAGGAAUCGUCUUUAACCCGCACACCGAGCAAGUUGUCGUUGUUGAUCGGUCCAGUAAUAGCUUGGUAAUGUUUGAUCCCCAAGGAAAUUUCAUCAGGAAAAUUUACUUUUACGAGAAGUAUUCAGUAGGGGGAGCGGCCAUCACUAAGGACGGUCACGUGGCGGUAGCUAGUAAAUCAACAAACAAGAUUCUGAUAAUGUGAACCAGCGUUAGGACAAUGUAUUAUGUUCCUUCCGAAGACGCUGAAAACGGGUUCAGUUGAUUGAUAAGUCGUAAAUCCCAGCCGGUGAUAGUCAAAUCUACUUGAAUUAGAGAAAGACGAUGCUUUAAAAAAAAAAUAGGGAAUUUACCCUAAUACGACUGCGGAGAAUGCCUUUGAUUGCGUGACAUGCUUUUGAGGGUAAGAUUACUUGCAGAGAUUUAAAUGAAAACAGCAUCAUGUUAUAGGCAUAAACUUGAUUUGAUGAAAAUGAAUAGUAAAAUAAAGGUAAAACGUGGCCCGAGAUGAGAGAGAGUGAGAGGAAAGAAGAAAAGAAAAACAAAACCGGCACAGGAGUUCCUGCGUCACAAAGACUUAAAGAAAGCCUGAAGGCAGAUCACGUAAAAAUCCCAAUAUUUAAUGAAAAUAUUUUGAAAAUUAUUGUCACAAUAGCAACAGGACAAGAACGUUAGGUAGCAUGUAAUAGCUACUAAAGUACAAAAGUGACACUACCUGUGAAAAUAGAUAUUGGACAAUUUGAUGGUAAUCUGAGAGGGUUUUGAUAGUGGUAUAUCAUCAGCAAAAUUUUCGCGGAUUUCUUAGCGUUCAGUUUAAUUUUUCAGCCCAUUUAUCACCUCUUUAGCUAUAAACUAAAAACUAUAAACUAAAUGAAACUCGAGUAUAAAUUCUUAGCUGAAAUGACCAAUUUUGUAUUCCUUCAGGCAACUAGAAGACAAGUUUUGUAAAAAUAUUUUACACUGUGACUGAAUGGAAAGUAAAUCUACGUGACUCGAUAUGAACGUUUAAUAUUUAUUAAUAAAAUACAAUGUUUUAAAAUUUCAGUUUAUCGUUCUUUCCCACAAUACAGAUUUCUUGCUGUGCUCGGAAACUCGUUGGGAAGUGGACAACGCCUGUUUUCCAAGUUGAGCCACGUCCGUCCAAACAGACAGCUUACUCACCCUAUUACAAAAAAAAAAAAAAAAA